AUGCACUCAUCACGCAGAAAAACCCAGCGGGACGGCACGGUUACGCAGAAGCGAAGGCACCGACCCCUCCGUCUCGCUUCACAGCGGGCCCGAGGCCACCUGCGCGCCGUGCUGCCUCGGCUGCGGAGCCCCCCGAGUCCGUCCCUGCGUGUACCUGGCAGCGCCGAGCCCCGGCCGGGGGGCAGCGGCCACAUCCACGCCGCGCCGGUGUCCCCGCUCCGCCGCCGCCGAGCACCCGCCGCUACUGAGCACGGGGCGGGGGGGAGCCGCCGGGUCUUCCCAGAAUCACAGAGUCGCAGGGGUUGGAAGGGACCUCAAGAGAUCAUCGAGUCCAGCCUCCCUGCUAAUCAGAUACCCUACAAUAGUUCACACAGGUUGACUUCUAUCAACAGCAGAAGAGGGACAGAGAACAUGGUGGAAGAUGUAUAUCAACUUAUUUUAGUCACAAAAACACCUCACUUCGUGGAAAUAGUAGAAUUGAGACAGGUGAUCUCAGUAACUUUUCUCAAAAAAUGAAACAAGACCAGUGCUGGGAACUCUGGAAAGAGACCACAUCACUUUUCUACGGAUGGCACAGUAUCUGAUGAGGUUUUACGGAUCUUGAAGAUAUAGUUCCAACAGAAGUUAACAUUUGUUAUAUUUCUUUAUUUGUGAAAAAUUGCCUGUAUUUCUUUACUGUAUAUUAUGUCACGAACUCACGGGGAAUUGCCUCCAGGCUGUUGGCUCUUUGCCUUCGGUCCUAAAAAAGUAUAGUUCUUUGAGGGGUACACAAUAGCAUUUCAGUUCAACAUCAGUGCUUAUUUCUUCUGUGUUCUUUUGUUCACCUUUGUGAGCUGCAGGAAAAAGUCUCUGCUCUUCAAAUAUUUAAUGUGCUCACUAUUCACAUUUGGAGACAGUGUUUGGGGAUAAGUGGGUCCUUGGUCUGAUCCCGUUCAGUUGUUCUAAUGCUUCCACUUGUCUAAGUGCUUUCCUAUGUGACAAAAUCCAGAGACCUGAAUUAAAGUAUUUGCUCCUUGUGUGGUUCCACUCCAACUCAGAAAAAUGUUGUGAGCUACCUAACGACUGGAGUGCAUUUGGGUCAAGCUGCAGAUGAAAGACUCCAGCCCACUUAAACCCUCUCCUAAGGAACUUGAACUUGAAGGAACACAAAAGUACUCUCUGUCCUCCCUGGCCUUAGAAUACAUUGCAAGCUUCAAGAUCCAGUUCAGCUAGUCAAGUGCUCUUUUGAGACAUGGAAGGUGUGAAAGACACCACGGAGCCAUCAAGCCAUACCAAGAUGAGAAGGGUGAUAAGCCCAGGGCUCUCAGUUACUUGGCAAAUGUUGUAACCACUGAGAUGCUAGUGGUUGCAGUUAUCUUCUGCUUGUGAUGAUUAGCUGAAGUCCUCCAUCAUUUUCUAUCUGUUAAUAGUGAGAAUUAUGAAGUAAAGAUUAGGGAAAUAAAGAUAAAUAAAUAUACAUGCCUCAGAGGAAGUUCCCUGAAUGAGACUAAUGUGCUGUUGCAGGGAUUGCUGGUUAUGUUACUAUGAAGAGACCAUAGUUUGUUUACUUGCCAGAUGAGCUGAAGACCUGACGUACUUAUGCUGCCUGUACCAUAAUCUGAAUGUUUUUCCCAUCCACUAAAAAGAUACUGGAAAAAAUCCUGGAUAUAGCAGUUACAGCCUCUGUGCUGAAGGAGUCAAUGAUAAAGCUAUAUUGUCCGUAAUGGAAGCUAGAAAUGAUCCCAUGUUUUGGUCUGUAAGGUUUAUUAUCACGUUGUCUUCCCUAUUCAUUGUGGUCAGAAGUCAAGCAACAACUUUUCUUCAAAGUUUGGAAGUUAAACUAAAAUGCUUAGGGCUGCCAACAGAACACAAUAUAUAUGUGUGGUGCGUAAUAAAUAUGGAAUAUAUGAACAGUUCAUAUAUAGAUCUGACACUUCAGACAUAAGUCUGCAUAAUUAGACUUUUUGAAAGUGUUUCUUUACAUUUGCAGUGCUGCGCAUUCUGCUGUUGAUCCUGUUGAAUCCAGUUGACAAAGCAAUAUCAUUAUCAAGUUAAAACAGUCAGCAAGUGGCUUAAACACCAGUAGCUGCUUCCACUGUAGCUGAGAAAUGAAAAAUAUUGCUAAUAUAAUCGAAUGUACUGCUUAAAAAACUGCAAGUAAAAUUACUGUGGUAUUAUUGACAUUUAAAUUGGAAAUACAAAAGCUUGGCAAUUGCAACCCAUCCGUUUCAAAUCAACAAUUAAUUACUUAAUUCAGUCUUAUGUAGUGUAGCGAAACAGUAGUCAGGACAGGAUUCAUACAUGUACUUUAGAGAGUCAGUAUUUCAUGUGGUGGUUAACUUCAGAAUCUCUUUUUCUAUUGCAAAGACUCUCUGUCAAAAAAAAAAAAAGUGAGAAUUAAAAAUGACCUUUUUAAGCAUUCCACAAAUUAAUUUUGAUUGAGGUUUAAGGGAAAAGCACUGUAGGUUAUUGGAAAAUGAAGAGAAGGUGUUUAAAUAACAAAGUUGAGAAAUAAAAUA